UUGACUUCUGUUGCUAGCGGCAGUACCACUCGACAACUAGAGGAGAACAGUCGCAGCCAAAGUGGCUCUCUCCACAAUCCGACAGUGUCCCUAUCACAUCAAACCCAAAUCAGUUAAAACUUCAAUAAAACAAAACUCGUUGUGAUCAAAAGACAGUUCAUCUUAAUUCAUCUUAAUCGGAAAAACGAUACGUCGAGAACAGUGCCAACUACAACUUGGACUCGGAUUUCAUCAACAGAUAACGAUUAAAUGAUGAGAGCAUUGUUGACAUUUGACAGUUGAAACGUUAAACAAUUUUGCGUGUUGCGUCGCGUACGACACGCCCAUUGCGUCCGACACACCCGAAAGACGAAGGUUCUCGACGUUUCUGGACUUGGUGCUGCUGGUGUCGGUUUGGGAAACCAACCGACAUGUCAACUACUUCGUGUGCCCUGCCUAAAGGCAAACUGUUUCUAGGAAAGAUACUCCAUGUUCAGCACGUUGAUCAAACAAGAGCAACGACCACCGAAAUCUCCGAUUUGGAGUUGAUCCUCAACGUCUUGAAAGAGGUUCGCUAUAGACGGGACGAGGAGGAAGAAGAGAAAGAAGAAGAGGAGGAAGAAGAAGAGGAAAUGGAAGAGGAAAUGGAAGAGGAAAUGGAAGAGGAAAUGGAAGAGGAGGAUUCGAAACGUGAUGGCGAUCGCGAUAAAUACGCGUCUCCUGGCAAGUCGACGAAAUUCCAAAUUUUAAAACAAUCUUUUGGAAAUCUAAUCUUUGACAUAGGGGUCUACUCCAACCCCCUGCCCAUAGUGCCGAACGUGUCAAUAGCGUUUCACGCCUUUGCCGUUUUCAGAACAAAUCAAAUACCCGAGUCAGAAUCUGCAGCAAUGUGGUGGUCGUUUGAGAAGAAUGGCAAGUACGUCAUUCUGCAACAGUCGCCAAACAAAGCGGACGUCAUAGAUUUGGUCUUCGAUGUCAACGAGGAGAAAAUUGUACCGCGACUUUUGCCAGUGAAAGAGUUGACGACUGCCCAGGGCAAAUACAUGUCCCUGGAAGCUUUAUUAGAAAGCAUUCUGUAUAGCAGUCAACUGAGCACAGCUUAUCAUGUGUGGUCGGCAAACUGUCAGAAAUUCGCCUCGUACGUGUUCCAAACUGCCAAUGGCGAAGGGAAAAAAUGGAAAACGCUAACAUGUGGAUCGCUCCCCGACGAAAAAGAAACACUCUUCGGUGCAGGUGUCAACGCCAUUCGAUACGACUCGAUUGCAAAGCAAGACAAACUGAUUCCUUACUACCAAGCCAUUCUCGAGAAGGAAAUACUACCGGAAUUCAAGAGGAUUUUGUCAAAUUACUCGAGCCAAUUCAUCAACCAAGUCGAUUGCCAUGGCUACACUCUGCUCGACUGGGCCCGAGCCUUUUCAAGAGACGAUCUCGAAAACUACUUGAUUGAAGACAAAGGCGCCGUCCACCAACCCACCGAUAGCAAGUCGUCGCGACAAAACACCUUUCAUAUCGCCCUGCAAUAUUUAGACUCGAAAAAAGACGAUGCCAAAUUAUGUUUCGACGGCAUAGACUUGGCCGGCGUCAAUUUAAUCGGUGACUCGGCCCUGCAUUUGGCCCUGUACGGAGGCAAAUGGAAGAUAGCCAUGGAAAUUCUGAAAAAAAUGAAAAAGUUGUCCAUGCCAGUUGACAGAGCCAAUAGUAAAGGAGAAAUAAUUCUUCACGUAAUCGCCAAAUUGGCUUGCCCUCCCACAAUUUUCGCAGAGAUCCUGGACGCCAUCCCUAAAGAAAAAGUCGACAUGACCGACGACGAAGGAUUCAACGCCCUUCACUGGGCAACUAAAAUAGGAUCACCAAGGAAAGUCAAAUCGCUGUUGGAGAACGGGGCCGAUGUGAACGCAGAAACCGAAGAUGGAGACACCGCCCUCGACUUGGCAAUACAAGACGAAUUGAACUUGGAAUACAAGAACAAAAUUGUUGAACAGCUUUUGAAGUACAAGGCAAAAGGCAACACUAAAGAUGCUGGUUUCACGCCACUUCACCUUGCCAUUAUGGAGGACGAGAUUGCAAUCGAACAAAUUAGGAAAAUGAUGGAAAUGUGUCCUGACGAUGUCGAUUUGCAAGACCACUACCAUGGGGACACUCCUCUAAUGACGGUGUUGGACAAUCAAUCAAAUACUAAAACGGAACUACUGCUGGAAGUUGCAAAUGUCAACGUAAAAAACAAGAAGGGUAUGACGGGGCUGCACUAUGCUGCAAUGUGGCCAACCAUACCAGAAAAAUUGUUCGAGAAAAUUCUUAGCCAGUCGACAGAUCUAAAUGCAAAGGAUAACGAAGGAGAUACUGCCCUUCACUGGGCAUUAAGGGAAAAAUCGGCUGGUGCCGCACUGCAGCUUUUACGAGCGGAAAAUGUGAACGUUAACAUCAGGAACGAGAAAAACGAGAUGGCCAUUCAUUUGGCCGAAAAAUGGGAAAAUAUUCCAAUUGAAAUUUCCAAGUUGAUUCGAGAAAAAACUACGGUGAUGUAAAUAGAGCAGCAAGCAUCAAGGAAUCCAUUCCAUAGUAACAACAGAGAAACUCAAAGCAGAGGCGAGCAAGGACUGACCGAGCAAUCCACCAGAGACUGAGGAGAAAGUGUUGCCAGUCAUCUUAUCCAUUUAUUGGGCGCAAGUGGCACUUCAAUUGUCUUCUAUUUAAUUUUUGAUUUGUUCUAUGAAGAAUAAAAAAUUAAGUAUAGCUAAAGUGGCUGCUAAAUACAGAGUUGCAAGUGGG